AUGCGGGUGAAUUCUGUGCGAGAGGAGGUGUUACCAUUCCGCUACCUGUGGAGCACCGUUCGUGACGACAACCGCUUUGUCACAGAAAUCUCUUCUCGUAUUGCUAAAGGCUGCCGCAACUUUCGACAAAUUAACAAUGACAUAAAGCACCUUGUCACUUUCCACAUGAAAUGUUUAAGGACCAUUCUGCGCGUCAAAUGGCAAGUCCAUGUCCCCAACUCAGAUAUCCUACGCCGAACGGGACGAUGGGCAUGGAAUCUCUACUAA